AUGGCCGUUGACCUACACGAACUGCACCGUUUCGCGGUCGAACUCGCUGUCGAAGCCGGUGCGCUACUCCGUGAUGCCUCCCUGUCCCUACGUCGACCUUCUCAAUCCUCCUCCUCCGCAACAGCUGCUCAACAAAAGAAGAACGCAGUCGACUUGGUGACCUCCACUGACCAUGCCCUCGAACAUCUGCUCCGCACACGGAUACACAAUCGCUAUCCCUCUCACAAAUUCCUCGGGGAAGAGUCAUACGAGGCUUCCCUUCCCUCAUCCGAGCGGCCAUAUCUCGUCACUGGUGAACCCACCUGGAUCGUAGAUCCUCUCGACGGCACCGUCAACCACGUCCACCAAUUCCCCCUAACAUGCAUCUCUAUCGGUUUCGCGCUCGACGGAAUACCCGUCAUGGGCGUCAUCUACGCACCCAUGCUCGACCAACUCUUCUCGGGUGCAAAGGGAUGCGGAGCCUACAUGAACACGCACUGUCUCCUCCGAGCACCCACAUUCGAUUCCACGACUUCGUUACCACUCAUCCAACCUCCACCACCGAUACCGCCAAAUGCACCACAAGGAUGCCUACUCGCCGUAGAGUGGGGGAAGGACCGAAGACUGAGCGUGGACAGCACUUUGGCGCGAAAGAUCGAAUCAUUCCAAGAUACACCGCCACCAAUAUUACCAGCCCUGAGAGCACCUGGUGGAAUGGUCCAUGGCAUCCGCAGCCUCGGCUCCGCAGCUUUGGACAUGGCAUAUGUCGCCGCUGGCUCUCUCGACAUCUUCUGGGAAGGCGGAUGUUGGGAGUGGGAUGUCUGUGCAGGAUGGGCCAUCCUCGUCGAGGCAGGUGGGUUGAUUACGACAUGUAAUUCCCCUCCUGAAGGUGAUCCGGAUGUGGCUGAGAUACCGGAGGCGAGAUUGGGGAGUCGCCUUUAUCUCGCGGUACGACCUGCGGGGGAUGCGGUGAGUGAGAACGGUUCGGGGAGGGAGACGGCCAGGGAAGGGCAAGAGAGGUGUGUUCGGGAGGUUUGGAAGAGGAUCAGGGGUUUGGGGUAUAGGAGGGACGGAGCAUGA